UAUCUAUCACUUUACACGCUCACCCUUCUCUCUCUCCGGCUUCCUCUGAACCUCAUACCCACCAUUUUUUCCGGCCGUCACGUCGGAUAUACCUUCUCUCAUGCUUCCUUUAUCAGAUCAUUCCUCGUCAGAGCCCUUACCUCACCGAAGACCCAGAGCUCCUGAACUAUUCGACGCCAAGAGCUAUUUCAAUUCACUUUCCACUUUAUUCCAACCCCUUUUCUCUCCUCAAAGUCCUCGCGCAUGGAUUCUCGUUGUCGUCCUCUUCAUUCAGAUUGUACUCCUCUGCAACCUCCGUAGUUUCCCCACCUCAAUAUCUAUUCGUUACCGCCGCCAUGUCCACCAUCGCUUCCCCGCUUAUCUUGCCUCCAACAGCGUCAUCGAGCAUAUACCGAAGGAGGAAAACGCCUUCGUCCAGAAGAUACCCGGUGAAAACACCGUCGCCGUUGUCGAGAUGUCGUCCAAUGAGAAUUCCGGCAACAAUGACCAAUGUGGAUCCGGCAGAGUCUUCAUCUAUAACCUUCCGAGAACCUUCAACAAAGAAAUCCUCGAGAAUUGUGACAACCUGAACCCGUGGAGCUCCAGGUGUGACGCUCUUUCAAAUGACGGAUUCGGCCAGGUUGCCACCGGACUCGCCGAAAUUGUGCCGGAGAAUCUAACUCCGGCGUGGCACUGGACGGACCAGUUCGUUUCGGAGAUUAUCUUCCACAAUCGCAUGCUGAACCAUAAGUGCAGAGUCACGGAGCCAGAAUCCGCUACGGCGUUCUACAUCCCCUUCUACGCUGGGCUCGCUGUGGGGAAGUACCUAUGGUCGAAAUCCACCGCCGCGGAACGCGAUCGACACUGCAAGAUGAUGCUAAAGUGGGUCCAGGAUCAGCCCUACUAUCAAAGAUCCAACGGCUGGAAUCACUUCAUCACCAUGGGCCGCAUAACAUGGGAUUUCCGUCGUUCCAAAGAUGAAGACUGGGGUUCUAGCUGCAUCUACAUGGCGGGAAUGAAAAACAUCACGCGACUUCUCAUUGAACGCAACCCGUGGGACUAUUUCGACAUCGGCAUUCCCUACCCCACCGGAUUCCAUCCCCGAUCCCAGUCAGACCUAAGUCGGUGGCAGAACUUCGUACGAGAACGGAAGCGAAACACUCUCUUCUGCUUCGCCGGAGCGCCACGCAAAUCGUUUAAGAACGAUUUCCGAGGUCUUUUGCUGAGUCAGUGCCGGGACUCGUCUGGGUCAUGCCGAGUCGUAGACUGUGCGGGAAGUCGGUGCUCUAACGGCACGUCGGUGAUUCUGGAAACGUUUCUGGACUCCGAUUUCUGCUUGCAGCCAAGAGGCGAUAGUUUCACGAGGAGGUCGAUUUUCGACUGUAUGCUAGCCGGUUCGAUUCCGGUUUUCUUCUGGAGGCGAACCGCUUACCUUCAGUAUGAGUGGUUCUUACCCAGUGAACCGAGUAGUUUUUCGGUUUUCGUAGACCGGAAUGAGGUGAAGAAUGGGACCUCCAUUAAGGCUUUGCUAGAAAGGUACAGUAAAGAGGAGGUCAAGGCGAUGAGGGAUAAAGUGAUUGAGUUCAUACCCAAGUUUGUGUAUGCUGAACCCCACGAGGGGAUAGAGGGGAUAAAGGAUGCUUUUGAUGUUGCCCUUGAUGGGGUUCUGAGAAGGUUUAAGGGGCAAGAAGAAUCAGGGUUUACUAAAUGGUAAGCUGGUAAUAACACGGAAGAAGAUGAAAAACCCAAGCUGUUACGAUAAAUUGGGUGGUAGAAUAGAGUUAUUUUGACAGUUUAAAUUAAUACAAUGGGCUCGGGGGUUGUACUAUAGCAUGUGAUUCUUUCUAUGGUGAUGAAGGAUGAUAUAUUCGUCAAAAACCGUUGUUGUAUAUUGUAUAAUUUUUUUCAGAGAGAGAAUAAAAUUAAUUUUUGAGCACAAUAAUUGCUUAGUUCUGCGCUACGGUAAUAGCAGCUGCUGGCUGGUAGCUCCUGAGAAAUCACCCCACAUUCUGGUGAUGCUUCCUGCAAUAAAGAUUGGUGGUCCUCACUGAUCUUGGAAUAGAUUAUGGCACUGGUCUGCUCUCUUGGUGUUUAGGGUUUGGCCAAUGAUGAGGAUGGAGGAACAGACACAGCAACAGCAUCACUGAUAUGAAUGCAUUGUAAAAGCUACAUUGCGCCAUAAAUUUGUGGAUCGGUUGAGUUUGGAUAGGCAUAUCCAGGGCAUGCUGGAUCUGUUAGCGUUUUAUGGAAAACCUUUCUGUAUUUAUCAAUAUGUGAUGAACUUGAGCAUCAUCACCGGUUCACAAUGGAAAGCUUGAACAGGUACAUGUUAAUGCAAUUUUCUUGCAUUUUAAUUACA